AUGGAGAAGUUUAGUGAAGCAACCGUUGGAUAUAUAGAGAGUAGAGAAAUAGCUGACACUUGGGUUCAUUUGUUUAGUACUCCCUAUUUUAUGGUCACACCGGUACGUGAUGUUGAAGGAGUAGAGUUGUGUGGGACAUUGAAGAAUAUAGUGGCUAUUGCAGCAGGUUUCGUUGAUGGUUUGGAAAUGGGUAAUAACACAAAGGCUGCAAUCAUGAGGAUUGGUCUAAGAGAGAUGAAAGCACUCUCCAUGCUUCUGUUUCCAUCUGUUAAAGACAGUACUUUUUUUGAGAGUUGCGGUGUAGCAGAUGUCAUAACAACUUGCUUAGGAGGAAGAAACCGAAGAGUUGAAGAAGCAUUUGCCCAAAGCGGAGGAAAAAGGUCUUUUGAUGAGCUUGAAGAAGAGAUGCUACAAGGGCAAAAGCUACAGGGUGUUUCCACGGCAAGAGAGGUGUAUGAGACUCUGAACCAUUGUGGAUGGCUGGAGAUGUUUCCGUUAUUUUCAACGGUUCACCAAAUCUGCAUAGGUCGUCUUAAACCUGAUGCCAUAGUUCAUUACCGUGACCACAAAGCCUGA